CCUCUUGCAAAAAUUUGGAAGUGGAGCUCCGGAGGGGAGUGAGUGAGAGCGAUGGGAAACCCUCGACCUCCAUCGAAGAAGCGCAGCGGCAGAGGAGGAGGAGGAGGAGGAGGAGGAGGAGGCUCGAGCGAAUCCGAUCUCCAUGCUGCAGCGAGAUCCGGAGACAUCCAGAAAGUGGAAUCCAUUUGUAACUCGAACCCGCUCGCCGUCAGUUCCAGAGAUAAACACUCUCGAACUCCACUUCAUCUGGCAGCUUGGUCCGGUCAAAAAGAAGUGGUUACUUGUCUCUGCAAGCACAAGGCUGAUGUCGGUGCGGCUGCAAUGGAUGACACGGGUGCUAUCCAUUUUGCAUCGCAGAAGGGUCAUCUUGAAGUAGUUAGAGCUCUUCUUGCUGCUGGUGUCUCUGUCAAAGCUGCCAACAGGAAAGGCCUCACUCCUCUUCAUUAUGCUGCUCAGGGAUCUCAUCUUGAACUUGUGAAAUAUUUAGUAAGAAAAGGCUCAAACCUCAGUGCCAAGACCAAAGCCGGCCAAACUCCUCUAGACCUUGCCAGCAGUGAAGAAGUUCGGUCGUUUUUGGUAGAGCAUGAGCAAUCAUUAAAGAAAGUGGAUGAAUCUGCUGCAAGCAAAAAGGUUGAUAACUCUGAGAAGCAGCAGCAAUCUCUUACCAAAGAUACUGAGAUGAGCUCUGACGCUAAAGAGGAAAAGGGUGAUGGGAGGGAGAAGAGGAAAGGAGAAGAGACUGCUGAAGGAAGCUUCGAAGGAUCCAAGAAGGCCAGAGUUUCUCUUCAACAUCUAGUUGCUGAGGACGAUGCAGAAGAUGGAGAGGAACAAUAGAACUUGUAUACGUUUUUCCCAACUACUAAUACUCAAUCUUGUCGAUCUUGGAAUAAGUUUUCCUUUGUUGAGGUAAGUUCUUGUGGAUUAACUGUUUUGUAUGAUUAUUAGCUGCUGACAGCUUGAAUAGUUCACAUCUCUGAACAAUGAUCCUUUUCAUAACUAGUUUUAUUGAGCUAUUUGAAAUCUUCCCCAGUGAAUACUCUCUCUAUUCCA